AUGUCGCGCCCCCUCGACUUCUACGACCGCGUCGCCAUCGCCACCAUCGUCGUCUUCUCCCUGUACCUCAUCGGCGGCGUGUGGCUCUGCGUCAAGCACGGCUUCCACAAGUCGUCGGGCUGGCGCUUCCUCAUCAUCCUCGCCCUCGCCCGGCUCAUCGGCUCGAGCCUGCGCCUCGCGACCAUCAACGACCCGACCAACGACAGCCUCUACGUCGGGUGGUUGGUGCUCAACGGGCUGGGGUUCGGCCCGCUCGUCGCCAUGCUGAUGGGCCUGUUGACGCGCGUCUUCGAGGGCAUCUCCGAGACCCGUAGCGGCGGCGGGUUUGUCUUCCGGGUGGCGUACCAAAAGCCCGUCGAGCUGCUCAUGCUGACGGGCCUGAUCCUCGUCAUCGUCGGCGGCACGCAGUCGACCUUUUCCACCGUCGGCGAAGCGCCCAAGGUCGACUACGCGGCGCUGACGGUCGCGGGCAUCGCCAUCUUCGUCGCCGUCACGGGCAUCCUGCUGCUCGAAGAGGCCCUCGCGGCGGCGAGCUGGGCGUGCGUGCCGCGCGGGGAGCGCCGCAUCGUUGCCACCGUGGGUGCGACGCUGCCGUUCGUCGUCGUGCGCCUCGUGUACGCGUGCCUCGAGGUCUUUGGCGACGUGACGCCCACGCGCGGCAUGUACGUCGGCAUGUUUGUCGUCAUGGAGAUGGUCGUCGUCUUGAUGUGCGAGGUGCUGGGCUUCACGCUCGGUAAGCGCCCGCCGUCUACGCAGGGAAGCCGGUGGCCGCGCGGGAUGUCUAGCCUGGGCCGGCCAGAUAUGGAGCACCAUCGGGAGGGGCAGGUGCGUGACGAGCCGCGGAAGCUGUUUUCGCGGUUCUGA